CGCGGUGCUAGAAUCAUGUGAUAUGUAUAUGUUAGCUAGCUAUCUAGUUUAACGCUACUGUUAUUAGUUUGGAAAAGGCGCAAGUAGGGGCUAAACGAAACACUCCAAUGUCGCUGCGAACGGAAGUCCUUAUAAUUCUAGUCUGAAGUUUUAUAUCGUGCACAGAAAGCAGAAGACUUAAGAGCAUGUAAUACAGUUCUCUGUUUGUAUUACAUAAUCGACGAUAUUCCAUCAUCUGCCUGAACCUUGGAUUCUAUGAACACAAUGUUGACUUUGUGGGUGGGGGCCGUGUGUCUGGCUGUACUCGGCCUGACCUCAGCCCUGAUUUGUCCCGAUGGCAGAAUGUGUGAAGAAGGGAAUACCUGCUGCCAGACCUCCAGCGGCGAAUAUGGCUGUUGUCCUUUACCGAAUGCUGAGUGCUGUUCCGACCACCUGCAUUGCUGCUAUGAGGGCACGGUGUGCGACUUAGCCCUGGCCCGGUGCCUUAAUAGAAGUGUCUCCCUGCCGUGGGUCAGCCGAAUGCCUUCAAAACAGCCCAGCGUUCCUCUGAUCCUGGAGGGAGUGAAGGCCGUCGUUUGUCCCGACGGUGAGGCGGAGUGUCCAGACGACACCACCUGCUGUCAACUCCCAGAAGGCUCCUGGGGCUGCUGUCCCCUGGCCAAGGCGGUGUGCUGUCAGGACAAGAGGCAUUGCUGUCCUGAGGGGACCACCUGUGACCUAGUCCACUCCAAGUGUGUCUCCCCGACUCUGGGGACCUUCCCCAUGAGCAAGAAGGUGCCUUCAAGGAAGAAGCAGACCGCAGUGGGUGGACAAACUGUGACCUCCCCAGGUGGGAAGGGUGUGUGCCCAGAUGGUUUCACCUGUUGCCAGCAACCUAGUGGAGAGUAUGGCUGCUGCCCCUACCUCGAGGCUGUGUGCUGUUCCGACCUUCUUCACUGUUGCCCUGGAAACACAACCUGUGACAUGGAGCGUGAAAUGUGCAUCUCCUCUGAUACGAAGACCCCGCUGGCCAAAAAGAUCCCUGCAACCCCCAACGAUGUGGAAUGUCCAGACAAGUUGUCGUCAUGUCCUGAAGACUCCACGUGCUGCGUGCUGGAGGAUGGGAGUUAUGGCUGCUGCCCUAUGCCCAAUGCUGUGUGUUGUUCAGAUAAACUCCACUGCUGCCCAGAGGGCACAACCUGUGACCUGGAAGAGAGCACCUGUCUGUCUCAGAAUGGCUUAACCUCCAUGGCUGUCAAAUUCCCUGCCACAGUGACUCCCACAUAUAUACCGAGGAGAGUCAGUGCUGUGGCCUGCAACGGCUCCGUGGCCUGCGCCGAUGGGACCACCUGUUGUAAAUUAGUGGAUGGACAAUGGGCCUGCUGCCCCCUGCCCAAGGCGGUGUGCUGUGACGACCAUCUCCACUGCUGCCCCCACGACACCGUGUGCAACCUGGCGGAGGGCACGUGCGACGACCCCUCGUCGGGCUCCGCCCUGGCCACCCUGCUGGACAAGGCGCCCGCCUUCAGCCAUGCCUCGAAAGACAACAGAUGUGACGAAAGCACGUCGUGCCCGGGCGAAUACACGUGCUGCAAGACCGCCACGGGAAAAUGGGCCUGUUGCCCCUUGCCCAAUGCGGUGUGUUGUGACGACCUCAUCCACUGCUGUCCCCACGGCACGGUGUGCAACCUGAAGGCCAGUACCUGUGACGACCCCGCCGGGUCCUCCGUGCCCUGGGUGCCCAAGCUGCCGGGGCUACACCCAGGCCUCACCCAGGCCAGCGCCUCCUCAGUCCCCCCAGCCAAGAACAUGUGUGACCCCCACACCAGCUGCCCCAAAGACACCACCUGCUGCUUCAUGAACAAGUCCGGGAAGUGGGGAUGCUGCCCCCUGCCGAAGGCUGUCUGCUGUUCAGACGGAGACCACUGCUGCCCUAGUGGAUACAUCUGUGACGACCACAAGGGCACCUGCACCAAGGGCCUCGCCACCGUCCCCUGGUACCCCAAGGAGAGUGCUCUGACGGAGGAGGGCGCCACGUCCAAAGACGUGAAGUGUGACGACAAGAGCAGCUGCGCCUCGGGGACCACCUGCUGCAAGCUGCCCACCGGAGAAUGGGGCUGCUGUCCCCUGGUCAAGGCGGUUUGCUGUGCGGACCAAGAGCACUGCUGCCCCCAGGGCUACAGCUGCAACAUGCAGACGGGGACGUGUGACAAGAAGGUGGAGGGUCCGGCCCUCAGCCGCGCACCGAUGACCCGCGUCACGGCCGGCGACGCGGGGGUAGACGCGAAGUGUGACGCGGACGGACGCUACCGCUGUCCCGAACGGCAGACCUGCUGCAAAACGUCUCCCACGGAGUGGUCCUGCUGCCCCGCGCCACAGGCUGUAUGCUGUGCAGAUGCCAAGCACUGCUGCCCCAUGGGAUACAUGUGUGACCUUGAGCAGGGAGGUUGCUCCCAGCCGGCUGGCUCGUCCUGGGACAUGGUUUUCACUCCGAGCAAAAAGAAAGAUUUUCUUCCUUUUGGACUCUGAGCAGAAGCAGAACUAACGUAAUGUCAAACCGUAAGAGGAACACACAAACACUUAACUGAGAAAGGGACAGACUUUCCAUUUCCACCAUCUGCAUCGUUUAGUUUUUUCCUUUUAAAUUUGGGGUGUUUUUUUAAUUUUAUUUCUUAAUUGGUGUACAUAUACAAGUCAAGAUGUAAGCAUCCAUGCAAUCCACUCCAAGUUGUGGCUUGUCCGGAUGUCCCUCUUAAUGUGUUUUAGAUUACUUCGGCCCCUUAUCAUGCCAUUUUCUCUAUGCAAAUGAGAAACAUGAAUGUAUUAUAGGCUCUUGUUCGAACAAGAACUGUCACUCUCACUGUUUUGAAAGAUAUUAUACAUAAGCAAUUAUUGUAUUCCAACCUCUUUCAAGAACACCACGACAUAAGAAGUCAGAUUUUCAUCUUUAGCAGAUGCAGGUCGCAAACUACCGUUAGUAACUGACUACUGGUACUGAAAGCACUACAGAGCCACUGAUGGCUGACAGGGUAACUGGGAUUUAAAAUGUGCAUUGGUGGUAUGACGUUUGGCAAAGUUCUUCCUGGCAAAGUUUGUCACCUUUUGUGAGGUGAUUGAUGUUCCAGUCUCAGUCAGCUUUCUGUUCAGUAAAAUGACUGCUGUCACUCAAACUCUGAGGUCAUAGGCACGUUCUUGAGGCUGUCAUAGGCACGUUCUUGAGGCUGUCAUAGGCACGUUCUUGAGGCUGUCAUAGGCACGUUCUUGAGGCUGUCAAUUUUGUAAACUCAUAGGUUACAUUCAGUUGCAUACAAUUUCUUCAAAUUAAUUGCAACAUGAUGAAACCUUUUGAAUCAGUAGUUAUGUCUUGUAGUAACUCAUUGUUGAUUUGAACUGAAGUUUAAUGGACUUGAUCAAUACAAAUUCUAAAUUCAAUGUUUAAUUGGUGCUCUGCAGUCAGCAUGGUUCUACAUGUAAUUUGUCAAUUUGUGGUGCUUGUACAUUAUGAAAGGGAAGCAUAUUGAGCUCAUAGGAAUUAUAUUGGUUUUGAUUUGUACAGUGUUAUUUGGUCUCACAAUUGACACCAAGCACUAUGUCCCAUUACUGUUACACAGCUGUCAAACUAUUCAAACCAGUGCUACAAAAAAAAGCUAUCGGUUGGCACACAAUAAUUGUCAUCUAAUUUCCACAUUUGUCUGCACUGAAUAUAGCUUUUUGUUUUGGAUUUGUCUAUUUCUUUCAAUGAAUGUUAUGUUUUAUGAUGGAUGUGUUUUUAUUUUAUAUCACUAAAGACUGGUUGAAAGCAGCACUGUUGAGUGUGUGCCAGCGGAGGUGAAAUAAAAGUGUUUCAAAUCUUA